AUGCCAUCCACCUGGCCAACACCGGAGAUUCGGAUGUUAGCUAACAAGAUCGUAGUUUCUCAAUCAUCUGCCCCAUACCCGGAGACUCAGAAGCGCCGGCGCCGCUCUCCUAAUGAAUUAGUAUGGACACAACCACGUACAAUUCCAGCCAAUCUCCACAAAAACGCAAGAAAGGUGUCGAAAUCGCCAGAGUUGCCCAAGAAGGAUAGCUCACGAAGGAAUUCGGGAAUCCAAGAACAGCAAAAGGCCAUGUCAAGCCUGCUGACACCACCCACUCAACCAAAAGAUCUCCCAGGAUGGAAAAUGGACAUGGAAUUGUUCGACCUUGGAAGCGCGCCCGAGAUGACAGACGACCUCAUGGUCCAGAACCUCUUUAAUUUCUCCGACCCUGCUCUAAUUACACCGCCUAUGGACCAACACUCUAUGCCCUUUCAAAUUGAUCCGACAUUUAUGGAUACCCAUAUGUCUGUUAUUGGAAGUGAUGGUACAGACUCGAGCGACGGUUUGCAGCUACCAGACCCGCGUCUGAACCUUGUCGGCCUCAAUGGAUUCAGCGCUAUCCACCUUGCUGCCUAUUUCGGAAAAUUCUCUAUCAUUCGUCUUCUCCUAUCUACUUGCCCCGAAGAUGUAGAUCUACUCAACCACGAGGCCCAAACGCCACUACACAUCGCUGCAGCGGAGGGCCACUUCGAGGUUAUUCCCGAACUGCUGCGCGCAGGAGCAAACACUCUCAUCCAAGAUGUUAACGGACGCACUGCUUUACACUUGGCUGUGUCAAAGGGUCACUUCGACGUUGCCCGUUUGCUGCUGGACAGCACUCAAGGCCACUCCAUCAUCCACAUGGCAGACAGUGCUGGACGAAGCUCUUUACAUCACGCGGUCCUGCAAGAAAAUGGCGAUAUCGUGCGGUUAUUGUUAGAGCGGGGUGCUGACCCCCGUGUUCCCGUUGGUUAA